AUGUUCGUGAAAGGGCACGCUCGAUACCCGCGAAAGUGGUCUCACUUUCCUCGUCAUAUCUCGACCUCGCAGCAGGCCUGGGACUGGACCACUCACCCAACAAGUGAUGCAGCGAGGGAUGAUGUCGCACGAUUGGCAGCGAGUCCUCGUCGUGCAUUGACAUUGGCAGACUUGUUGAGACAUGGACGACCACCGCUUUCCAAGGACGCACUUCUCGCCUCCGCCAAUUUCACACUCUCCCUUCUCCCUGCACGGCUUGCCUCAAGAAUUCAAGCAUUGCGCAACCUGCCUUUCAUUGUGGUCUCGAAUCCUCACGUGUCGAAGAUCUACCACAAUUAUCAGCACUCGUUAUCCACCUUGCUACCAUACCAACAACGGCGAAUCACAACGCUCGAGGAGGAAAAUCAAUUUGGAGAGGUGCUCGCGGACCUGGUGCAGACACAUGCCAAUACUAUUCCUGUUCUCGCCCGGGGUUUUCUCGAAUGCCGCAAAUAUGUGAGCCCCGAGGAAGUGACACGCUUCUUGGACACACACCUUCGCGCUCGUAUCGGUACCCGUCUCAUUGCCGAGCAGCAUCUGGCGCUCCAUUUCGCAUCCCAACCAGUCAGAGAUGAGUCGUCUUCAGCCGCUUCGUCUCGUAGUGGGAAAAGCGCUGUGCCAUCAAAGUACAUCGGGGUGAUCGACACUGCGCUUCAGCCCGCACACAUCGUACGCCUCUGCGAGGAUUUUGUUGGGGAGAUCUGCGAAUUAAAAUACGGAGUACGUCCGCGUCUCGAAAUCGGCGGCGAGCCGGAUGCUUCAUUUGCCCACAUCCCAGUACACGUGGAGUACAUCAUCACGGAGCUGCUCAAGAACGCCUUCCGGGCGACAAUCGAAUCCGGAAAUGAGCGAAGUCCGAUCGAGGUGACCAUUGCCGCCGCACCAGAUGUGCCAGGUAAAGAGCCGCCCGUUCCCGGGGAUGCGGACACUGGGUUUGAACUCAGCAAUAGCGGAGGCGCGCAUCCUAAUGAAGCAUUGAGUUCGUCUAGCCCCACGUCGCAAAGCAUCACCAUUCGCAUUCGCGACCGAGGUGGUGGUAUCCCGCCGGAAGUCCUUCCACAUAUCUGGUCGUACAGUUUCACAACGUUUUCAGAUGUGGACUUGAACUCAGAUAAUGGUAACAUGGAUGCCCUCAACACUAUGUCGAGCAAUAGUGGGCAUCUCAGCAGCAUUGCUGGACUCGGCUAUGGACUGCCGCUUGGUCGGGCCUACGCCGAGUAUUUCGGCGGCAGCAUUGCCGUGCAGAGCUUGUGGGGCUGGGGCACAGAUGUGUACCUCACCUUGAAGGGUGUUGGCAAAGUUGACUGA